GGUAAACAUUGCCAACUGGCUGUUUAGUAUUAAAAAGGGUCGAAACGCAAAGACGUAAAAACGUAACAUUUUUCAUUAUUUUUUUAAGUGAUCGGUGUUGUGUACAAAACUAAAAACUUGACAAAAUGAUGGGUUCUUAUCACCCUGGAGGUGUAAAUCAAACUACAUGGGUUUACUCGGCACCUGCUGCCCCUCUGCCACCAUUUGCCGUUAUCGGUGGCCACGACUGCGACGGCUCACCCAUGUAUGUGGGACGGGCGAUGCACGAGGGCGAUAAUCUGCCGGCCAAGGUUGUGCCCAGCAAGGGCCAGGCCUACAUUUGCUGGGGUGGUUUGGAGAUCCCCAAACACAACUAUGAAGUUUUGGUGGGCCAGGGUUAUGGCUGGCAACCCUGCUAUAAUGGAGCCGUACCACCAAAUGCUGUGCGCAGUGGCCUGACCCGUACCGGAGAGCCAUUGUAUGUUGGCCGAGGACAUUAUUCCAAUUCGCUGUGCGUCGGCAAAAUCCAUCCCUCCCAUGGUUGUCUCUACAUACCGUUCGGUGGCCAGGAGAUCCGUCUGAACACAUAUGAGGUUUUGGUCUUUGAACACAUCAACAAUUGGGUGGCCGCCACCCCCAAUUACACACCGCCCGGAGCCGUUGUGGCUGGCCAUGACACAGAUCGCGCUGUCAUCUAUGUGGGUCGGGCCAUGCACGAGGGAGAACUGUUACCUGCCAAAAUCAUACCCAGCAAAGGUUGUGCCUAUGUCUGCUAUGGUGGCUAUGAAAUCAAUAAACGCAACCACGAGGUAUUGUGUGGACCUGGAUAUGCCUGGAUCAAACCCCAUCACCAUGUAAUACCACCAAAUGCUGUAUUCACGGGACGUUCCCGCAAUGGAGAGCCCUUGUUUGUGGGACGUGGCCAUCAUCAUGGCAGUUUGACACCCGGUCUGGUGUCCGUCAGUCAGCGGUGUUUGUUCAUACCCUAUGGCGGGCGAGAGAUACGCAUCAGCGAUUACGAAGUUUUGAUCAAACAAUGAGGGGAUGUGUGUGUGAGAGAGAGAGAGAGAGGACCCCAGGAAAACAAAGCGGACAUUUUGGGCAAUUAAUUUAUUUAGACAAAUUUAUUUAAACAAUAAAAAUUGUUAGAAAAA